CCCUCGGUUACAAGAACAAAGGCAUUCGCAACACACACUUGAAGAAAAAAAACACGACGAACACGUUAAAAAAAGGUCGAAGAGAAGUGGGAGACCCAAACCGCGAACAAUGUGUGGAGGCGCCAUCCUCGCCGAGUUCAUCCCGGCGCCGUCGCGCGCCGCGGCGGCGACCAAGCGGGUGACCGCCAGCCACCUGUGGCCGGCCGGCUCCAAGAACGCCGCCCGCGGCAAGAGCAAGAGCAAGAGGCAGCAGAGGAGCUUCGCCGACGUCGACGACUUCGAGGCCGCCUUCGAGCAGUUCGACGAUGACUCCGACUUCGACGACGCGGAGGAAGAAGACGAAGGACACUUCGUGUUCGCGUCCAAAUCUCGUGUCGUCGCCGGGCACGACGGGCGCGCGGCGGCGAGGGCGGCGAGCAAGAAGAAGCGGGGGCGGCACUUCCGAGGCAUCCGGCAGCGGCCAUGGGGGAAGUGGGCGGCGGAGAUCCGCGACCCGCACAAGGGCACGCGCGUCUGGCUCGGCACGUUCAACACCCCGGAGGAGGCCGCACGCGCCUACGACGUCGAGGCGCGCCGCCUCCGCGGCAGCAAGGCCAAGGUCAACUUCCCCGCCACGCCCGCCGCCGCGCGCCCACGCCGCGGCAACACGAGAGCCACCGCCGUGCCACCGCCGGCGACAGCACCCGCCGCCGCCCCGCCGCGCGGACUGAAGCGAGAAUUCUCGCCGCCUGCUGAGACCGCGCUACCUUUCUUCACCAACGGCUUCGUCGACCUGACGACCGCCGCGGCGCCGCCACCGGCCAUGAUGAUGACGAGCUCCUUCACCGACAGCGUCGCCACGUCGGAGUCCGGCGGGAGCCCCGCCAAGAAGGCGAGGUCCGACGACGUCGACUCGUCCGAGGGCAGCGUCGGCGGCGGCAGCGACACGCUGGGUUUCACCGACGAGCUGGAGUUCGACCCGUUCAUGCUGUUCCAGCUCCCCUACUCCGACGGCUACGAGUCCAUCGACAGCCUCUUCGCCGCCGGCGACGCCAACAGCGCGAACACCGACAUGAACGCCGGCGUCAACCUGUGGAGCUUCGACGACUUCCCAAUCGACGGCGCCCUUUUCUGAUGUACUCCUCCAUUGAUGCAGUUUGUGCACUCAAUUGUUAAUCACGUCGUCGUUGAUGAAUGUUUAACCGGAGGAUGAUGGGGUGCAGCUGAUAUCAUGGCUUGCUUGAUUACCGAAUUAUAUUGCGGUGUUUGUGUUUGUCAAUUAGAUUCUGAAUCUGUACUACUGCCGAUCUUAUGAUCAAAACUAUAUAUUAAGUUUAUGUACUCUUAAUUUGUGGGCUACUUUUACGGGGUCUUCGUACUGCUGGUCAAAUAGUCCUAUGAAAUCGAUCAUGUCGGCAAUAUCGUCGUCAAUUAUCGUGGUCGUGGUUGUUAAUGAUGUCAAAUAAGUCUAUGAAAACCUGGUCCUCUUGGUGUUUAUGUACCACUGAUCGAUCCAUCAUUUGAUCUCUGUCAUGUUGAGAUGGAUCGUGUAAGAAUAUCAUAAUUUGCUGGAUUCAGUCCAGUCGUAAUGUAUUUUGGUUUGUACAACUGCAA